AACUAAGAAUAAUCUUUCAUGUAACAUUACAUGUAAUCCAUAAAUAUUUGCCAAAAUCAGUGUUAAUUGUAUUAGUGAGCACAUUUUGUGGUCAAUUAUGGCAUAAAAUGACAUUUUAUAUUGUUUCUUUAUAAUACUCUAUUCUUUAGAACCUGUAUUAAGCUCCCACCAAAAGCUGUUUGCGGUGGGUGACCACUUAAUAUAGUUGUGACUGUUUCUAGCUAUUUAAGGCUGUGGAACAGUUGUUUGGACACAUUUUUAUGAUACAACAGCAAUGGAUUUAAAUCAGUCAGAGGCUCAACACAAAGCAACUCUUUAGCAAGUGAACCUCAACACCUUAAGAUGACUAGCAGUUUGCACAUAAAGGUUGUGAUCCUUAUCAGAAGUGAAUAUGUCACAGGUCAAAUGAUAAUACAUCAUUACUAUAGCAUUCAUCAUUACCACAUCCUUAUAGGAUAUUACCAAUAAUGUUCAGGCAUGUUAUCUAAUUAGCAUAAGCUUAAAAUUCUGAUUGGGUAUGGGUUCUGUUCUGUUCUAUAAUACUAUUAGCACUCCUAAAUAAGGCUCUUUAAAGAAUCAUGUACACAAUGGAACUCUUAUUGGGUUGUCCACCUCUAUCUUGUCCUUUAAGAGACCCAAAAGACCAGAGAAUUAAUGAACAUAUCUCAUCUGUGACAUAACAUUUCAAUGUGUUUAAGUGUGGUUUCACCACCAUUGCCAAUACAACUAAAAUUCAGAUCAGUUUAAGGGGAAUCUUAUCCUUAACCUGGACAAUGAUCUACUCAGAACUGAAAAAAAAUUUUUCAAGGGUUCCAUGUACUUAAAUCCAUUAUCAGGGACAUACAUUAUGUUGGUAAUGAGAAAGUCAGAAUUCUUAAUCUUUUCUUUUUCAAUGUCCUCACUGGAACAGAUUUUAAUGGCUGAAGAACACCUGACAAGUUUAGGUACAAAGCACAAUCAUAAAACAGGGAUAAAUAUCAAAAAGUCCUCCUUAGAGAAUGUGAGGGAUUAUCACCUCACCAUUGUCCCUUCAGACUGGUUUACAGUGGAUUCAUCACAUCAAGAUGGCGCAUUGGCAAGAUUGUUGAAGUCUGUAAACUUUUCACAGUUUUCAUCCUUAGAGAUGGCUGCUGGAUAUUCCCUUCUAAAAUUUGUAUCUUAUACUCAGAGAGACAUUGCUCCCCUUCUCAAUCAGCCAUCCAAGUUUUCACUUCAAACCCAUAUGGCAAUAGAUUCAAAUACAAGACGAGCUCUGGAACUGACAAAAUCCUUGGUGGGUACAGACUCAAAAGCUACACUUUUUGGAGUCAUGAAUAACACUGCAACUGCAUCAGGGCAAAGACUGCUUUAUUCCCGCCUUUGUGCACCCUCAAAUGAUGUUGAUGUGGUACAAAAGAGAUUGAAUGUGGUUGACUUCUUUUGUAUGAACAGGCAUCUUGCUGAGGACAUUCAGAAGGCCUUGAAAUCAUGUCCAGAUGUAGAGCGUAAGAUGCAAAAGGCAAGUCGUUAGUCUUGUAAUAUACAUUUAUUCACCCAAAAUGAGACAAAGCAAUGAUUGCAACACCUUAAAAAUGAACAUUAUGAAUAUGAAUUUAAAUUAUUAAUUUCUGCUCAUUGAUUUUAGUAGGCUGGAGGAUGCCUUUUUUACCGGCACAAUUGCAGAAAGGGAUUGGAUACAUAUGUAAUUGUAACCUUGUUUGUAAGGCUUGGAAAAUUGUGCUCUCCUUGAGUUCUGCCCCUCUCCAUCCCAUGCAAUGUUGAAUGAACAGUUUUAUGUCACUGAAGUUUGCAUUUUAGUGAUAUCCAAUACUGUCAGUGGCAAUGGAUGUGCUGAAAUAUAUUAUCUGUCCUAGAUCAAAAAUGGAGUCCUUACAAAUUAUUUAUCACAAUUUGUCAGGGUGUAGCUUGUGUUGAAGCCAUACACAGAAUGUAGUGAUUUGCAAUAUGCCCUUGAUAUUUUGCCCUCUCCAACAUACCAUAGCUGUUGUGGGUACCACUUUAAUACCUACACUUUUUAUUACCUACCCAACAAGUUAGUCUUAUUCAUAUUUGCUUAAAAGGUUGCAACAGGGGCUGCUAGUCUGAGUGACCUUCAUGCCAUAUACAGUGCAAUAGCUCUCUACAAGUAUAUUCUCUUGCUACUCCACGAUACAUACUUUAAUGUUAACCUACAAGCUAUUGAAGAGUUGCUGAUGGAGGACUUCAGUUUGCUUGAUGACUUGUACAGAGAGUUGGAUACAGCAGUUGGUAAAGUUGAAUCAGAUCAUACUGUCAUGAAAGGCUACUCCAACGAGGCAGAUGAGAUCAAGGAGAAACUGUGCAAAAAUAUGAAACAAGUUGACAAGUUAAGAGAUGUUUACAGGUACUUUUCUGAAUUUAAUGUAUGAACAUAUUUGCCUGGAAAUAAUUAUUUUAGCCCACGAAAGGUCUUAAACUCUUAACUAAAUGUGCUAAAAAAAAUACAAAAACAAAAACAGACUGUCAUUAUCCAGCUAUCUUUACCUCAGGGUAACCACUAAUGCAUAUACAUGUACUUUUCCCACAAUUUGAAUUAAAUGUAUCAUGAGGAUUUUUACCCUAUCAUACAAGUUUCCGAUGUCCUGUUUUCCCAUUCAACAGAAAAUUUGAGAACCCUCUGUAGUAAUCUUUGGUAGCACUUUUUUUGGUUGAUUCCUCAUUACAGAGUGAGCCUAAAGAUUCCUCGCCUGACUAUCAGCAACCACAAGUCCUUCAUACGAGUUGUAGAAAUACCUUUAAGUCAGAAAAACUCUCUAGGGUGGAACCAAGAUUUUGUUUUUUUGGAAAGUACCAAAGACAAAGCACGCUAUAUUACUUUAAAACUCCAAGAGCUGAAUGCAAAAUGGAAAGCUUUACAAGAAGAAAAUGAGAUUAUUCAGCGGGCAUUGUCUGAUGACCUUUGCAGUCAGGUAUAUAACAUAAUCUUAGGAAUUAUUAUUUCCAGCAUAUGUAGAGACGUUCAGUGUUCAUUUAUUUACCCUAAUCCUCUCACAAUUGAUUAACAGUCUUUCUUUGACAGGCUUGUUUUGGUCCUCAGCCUCUGUACCAUCAUAGCACAAUUUCACAGAAGGGAAUAAUCCUGAAAGUUACAAAUCGUAGUGAAGCAUAGAAACGAGUUUGAAGGCUCUGAAAAAUGUAAAUUUGUCAGUUACACACUCACAAUACCUUCUACGACUGAUGUUAUUAACAUAACUGUUAUGAACUGAGCAAAUGUAGGUUGAAGCUGUUAUCAACUGUUGAGAAACAAAAACUGUUCCUGGCUGAAGAGAAAGGUCCAGUUAAUAGAAAAAGCAAUAAAGGAAGUAAAAUAUAUCUGACUAAUGAUUGUAGAUAUAUGAAAAUCAUAUAUGUGCACUGUGGUGAAGAAACAAAUAUAAGAGAUCUUUGCAGCUGUAAACACUACUAAACUAGUAGUUGAAAUAAGACCUGGAAAGAAUUCAGGCCUGUAUGGGAUUUUGAACCCAUGACCUUGGGGAGACAGGUGCAGCGCUCUACCAACUGAACUAACAAGCCAACUGGGAGCUGGUCAUUAACUUGGGUCCAAAUAAACCAUCCGAGUGAUGAAUAAUGAUUGUAGAUAUAUGAAAAUCAUAUAUGUGCACUGCAGUGAAGAAACGAGUAUGAGAGAUCCUCGCAGCUAUAAACACCACUGAAUGAGCAGUUGAAAUAAGACCUGGAAAAAAUUCAGGCCCAUAUGGGAUUUGAACCCAUGACCUCUGCAAUACCAGUGCAGUGCUCUACCAAUUGAGCCAACAAGCCAACUGGAAGCUGGUCAUUAAGGUGGGUCCAGUGCACAUAUAUGAUAUACAUAUAUGAUUUUCAUAUAUCUACAAUCAUCAUUCAUCACUAGUACAGUAGUGUUUAUAGCUUUGAGGAUCUCUUAUAUUCGUAAAAUGUAUCUCUUUAGUGCCAUUGAGCUAAACUUGAUUUAGACAAUGACCCAUACUGACAAAGCAUAGGUUAGCAGAAGACAUGGGUUGUUCAUAGGUUUUGGAAUAAACCAAUUGGCUAAACACAGGGUUUUCAACUGUUUUGUAAAGUAGCGGACAUACUUCUGAAAGCACCGGACGUGAAUGUUUUCUUGGCGCCGUAAGGCGCCUCGCGAGCGCUGUAGUAAAAAAAAAUUGCCAAUAUUGAUCUCAAAGUACCGGACGUGGAAUGGCAAACGACCGGACGAAACGUCCGGCCUCCGGCCUCAAAUGAAAACCCUGUAAACAAGAUGACAUCCCAGAAAAGGCAGGUAGUGGCACAUCUCUUCAGGUAGAAAGAUUUUUGCAAAAAAUAAUUUGAUAGAAAACUUGAGCAUCCCAUUGGAAAGCAGUUGCAGCAUUCUUUGGUUAAUAUCUGUUUUGCUGGCAGCUGCAUAUUAAAUAUUCUCCUUUUUUUCCAUACCUGUGAAAAAAAAGAUAGCUCAGUUGAUAACUGUUGUAUUUGGACUUUCAAGGUGACUUCACAUGCUGAAAGUUUAAAGAAAUUGGCUGUUGCAUUGGCGGAGUUGGAUGUGUCCUCUUCUCUGGCAGUUCUUGCUGUUAAACGAGGUUAUGUUAAACCCAUCAUUGGAAAUCAAAACGAAUUUCUUGUGAAAGGGGGUCGACAUCCAGUUGUAGACAUGCUUCAGCCUAACAGUUUUGUUUGUAAUGAUUGUGACCUGGGCAAAAAGAACCUCUGGAUUAUCACAGGUCCAAAUAUGGGUGGUAAGUGCCUCUUCAUUAGUAAUCACUUUUUUAAGUUACCCACUGAACUGUUGAAAAAAAAAUUGUACUAGUUGGGCGAAAUUUAUCCUUCAUAUUUAGAUAAUGGAUAUUUUCCCAUAGUUACACUUAGCCUUUGAAUCAAAUCAUGUCUAAUGUAUAUCCAUUAGUGGAAAGAAAGUUAAAUUUAUGUGUAUGAUUGAUUGCUCUUUUUUAAGGUGUGGUACAUAAUUUUUGUUAUUAUGUGAAACUUGGAAGGCUAACUUCCAUACCUUGUGUCGACUCGACCAGAGGUUGUAAUGCCACUUACCUUGGUCCAUUGCACUUCUUGAAAUUAUUAAUAGAAUAUUAAUAUAUAAUUAAAUAUAAAUAUAUAAUUUUGAGUGAAAAAUAAUCUUUCGAUCUUAUAGGUAAGAGUACAUUUCUUCGUCAAAAUGCAUUGAUAGCCAUUCUUGCACAGGCAGGCUCCUUUGUUCCAGCACAGACCGCAAAGAUAGGUAAGUUGGAGAACAAAGAUGUUUUUCUUGGUCUUCACCCUUUAAAUCAAUUUGAUUGUAAAUUUCACUACACACAGCUGUUUUAAAGAGCAGGACAUUGUCCAUCUGAUAAAUCAAGCAAGGUUGCUUAGAAGAACACUAGCAGUAAAAGGCUUCCCCCAAAUGAGCUACCGACCAAACCUCUAAACUAGAUGGACCCACAGCUGACCAGUCAUCCACUUCAAGUUUUAAACUUCUUGCUUUAAAUGUUGAAACCUCUUUAAGGGGUGACUCUAUGAGUUUGUGUCCUGUCUUGCAUAUUUUCCACUUUGUAACAAGAGUGAUUAGCUGGGGGGUCCUUAAGGUUAGAAGAUAACAGCCAUCAAGCUGCAUGGUGACCCUUUCCACUUAAUUUACAACCAGAAUAUAAAGUGUUUGGUUUUUUUUUAAUUUUUAAUUUUAUUUUUCAAGGUGUUGUUGAUCGACUAUUUGCACGCAUUGGGGCUACUGAUAAUCUAGUGCAACAUCAAUCUACCUUUAUGUCUGAGAUGCUUGAAACAGCUUUCAUCCUCGCACAAGCCACCGAGAAGUCCUUAGUUGUUGUUGAUGAAAUUGGUAGGAAUUCUGCUUCUUUUAAUGUUCUUUGCUGUGAUACAGAGUCAAAAAUUGUUAGAGUGAACACCAUAUCCUGAUUUCUUGUAAGAAUGACCAUUACCCGGGACAAGUUACCAAGUGAUACAUGUGUUGUUAUGUAUUCCAGAACUGUUCCAUAGAAACAUGAUUACUGUAUUUUGUCUGUUUGUUACUAUUAUAUGAACAAGUCAAGUGCAGUUCUCCUUUAAGUGAGAGGAUUAACUUAAGUGGGCCUGUUUUAGAAGUAAAAGGAAACAAGAAGCAAACAACAAUACUUCUGUGGUUUUGGUAAUAAUCCCUUGAGACAGUUUGAAUAUCUUGAAAAAGUUGUGCUGUGGGUCUUUGUGUUACCUUCAGGUCGUGGUACAUCAGUGCUAGAUGGUGUGUCAAUAGCCUGGGCUGUAAUUGAACAUCUUCACAGCUCCAUUAGGUGCAGAACACUAGCCUCAACCCAUUACCAUCAACUGGGUAAACUGGCCCACAUUCUGCCGCAUGUUGACUGUUACCAUGUUACUGCUUUGCACUCCAAAGAUAGGUUAAGUUUCACAUAUAAAGUCAAUGUAAGUAGCCGUGAUAACAUCAAUGAUGUUUUGAUUAAUAAAUCAUUUGUAUAAUGCUAUUUACAUUCCACAAUCAGCAAUUUUUAUAAUCCAAAAUAACCUUAUUUAACAGUUGUAGAUACAGAGAGCACAAAUCAGUUUGAUUUACAUUAUAAAAUUACUGUAACUAGGGGAAUGCAAAACAAACUUAUAGCACAUGAAGGUCUUCCUCAGCAUGAUGUGAUGAUGGUAGAGGCCCAUUAGCCUUGACCUUGCAGUUGCUAUUAUAGUUUUGAUUGGUAGGUUUACCAUGCUGAUUCAGAGUGCUAAUUCUACUGAACAGUGAUUUAGUGGUUUAUGUAUUUUAUCUUCACCUGGUCACACACUGUAAACAGUAUCUGUGAGGACCAGGCUUGAGCCUUGUUGAAUUCAUCACUGUUAACAGUUUAGUUUCUCAUCAUUUUUGUUGGACUUUUAUUAAUUGUUUAUUUUUCAUUCAUUUAUUUAUUUACUUGUAUUUUCAUGUGAAUUUGUUUCCUUUAGCACGGGUGUGAUCAAAAAUCCUUUGGUAUCGAUGUAGCAAAACUUGCAGGGGUCCCCAUAACAGUUGAGGCUCGUGCGAGGGAAAUUCUCCAGGUUUUAGAGGACAAAGGAAACAGUUUGGAGGUCACUUUGGAAGAGGACAAACUGGUUUCAGAAUCUCGGAAAACACAGAAAGGCAAAGAAAGCUCAAAUACAUCUCCUUUCAUCACAACAAAUGAUUUGCAGGCUGAAAAUGAAAUCACCAGAGUGCUUCUUGAGCUUAAUCCAGAGUUACUUACACCAAAGGACGCUUUAGAAAUAAUAUAUGACCUACAUUUGAAGGCACAGUGUAAAUCCUCCUGAAAGAAUUACUAGUUAUUCUAACUACGUGUUAUUUCUACAAACUGCCACAAAUGGAUACCACAAAACCUUCAAGUGCGUCUUAGGGAGAUGAAGGAUAUUCAUUGACAAAUGUAAAGAGGUAAUGCAUCACAAUACCAUGGUAAAAACAGGUGUAGUUGGCUCUGGAGUCCUUCUGACAUUGCCAUCCAUAAAGAGGAAAUAAGAAAUAAGAACCAAAGUGACAAGGAAUUCUUCAAUCUGCUUCCUCGUAUACUUCAGUGUUUGCCUGGGUGUUUGCAAAUUACAUUUAUUUUUGGUGUGUGGAAAACUUAGUUGAAGUACUAAUGUUCAAGUUGACUUUGAGAAUGAAAUUUGCCAACAGUUGGCAAAAUACUACUGCAAUGUUAAUAGUUUAAUAGUAUAAGAAUGGUAACAAUCCAACAAUGAUCGCUAACCCUUCAACCCUGAAGAGCAACUAGAAUCUAAUUUCUUAUCACAAUAUCAUCCCUGAACUAAACAUUAAGGUCAUAAGAAUAAAGGAAAUGAUCACCAACUGAAGUAGCUCGGGAUUUUUAAACAAAUUCUCUUUGUGGUGUAUAGGGAACAGUACGGAGAAUAUGAAUACUGAUGUAAGGGUGUAGAAGGUUAAACAACAAGCUAAUUGCCCAUCAUACCUUAGCAGAACUACUUUCACCCAGAUGAUCAGACUACAUGAUACCCACUAUCGGUUUCAACUGAUAAUCUACUUUUCACUACAUAACCUGCUGAGUUUUAUUUAAAAUUUGAUACCACUCCACAAGUCCACAAUUUCAAUUUGCAUGCAUAUGAGAGUAAGAAAAACUGACUGAAGAUCUCUAAACCAAAUUAUAGGCCUGAAAUAAUAUGGAAACACUUAUUUAUGGUGUCUUUGUUGUGGUUCAAUUUUAUCCUUGGUUCAAAUUUUAUUUUCUUCUGUUUCAAACUCAUUGUGAUACAUUACAAUACCCAAAAACAAAAGCAAACAAAAUCUGAACCAAGGAUGAAAUUGAACCACAACAUCUACUUGGAAGUUCAGCAGUGAGACCAUAAAAUAAAUAACAUCUUACAUGUCCAAAGUUUCAACAGAUUACAUAUUCAGCUACAGAAAAUAGAAAAAACAAACAACAUUCAAACAGAAUUGGUACCUAUUUACUUGAUAUGUGGGAAAAGAUCUAUUUUACAUAUUGAUUCAACCAGAUGCAACAUAGAUAGCAGACACUUUCACUAGUUCACCAAACUGAAUUCCUACUAUUUACUUUAAGACAUAAAUUUGACUUAAGCCAACCAAGGAGUUCGGGUCUUCCAACUAGCAGAGCUUAUUUAAGUUCCAUAAUUUUUAUACUUUUAAAUUAUAUGUGUCUAAAGGCCAAAAUGCACCACAAUAUGAUCGUUUUCCUUACUAGCAUCAUUUGCCUUCAAGAGAAAAAUCUAAAGCAAAAUACUAGACCCAGGCAUAUACAGUAAGUGUCUCCUUAAUUUAAGUUUAAAGAUCGUUCCUUCCAAGAGAGAGGUCGAUAUGUCCAGUCUAUCAGGUGGUAGUACAAUACCAAAAGACACUGAAUAAAUACUGUACUACCAUCAAUGCAACAAGAAAAGUUUGUUGUGGUCAAUGAUGCAACUAGAAUUACUUACUACAUCAGUGAAUUGCUAACAUUAAUUCAUUUUCAACUUUCUGCAUCGCCAGGCAAAAAGCACCAUACAUUUUGUAUCAUCAGGCACACCAUUAAGUGUAAGAAUCCUUUUUACUCUACACUAGACUCUAAAGCAAACUUGACGGAAAGGUGUGAAAGUUGCCUUCCUAUGUUCUGAACGGUGGAUUUCAAUCUGCUCUGCUUGCUUCUGAAUUACAAUGACUGACAGUGGUGUGUAUGAAACAAACUGAUCAUAUGUUUGCUUUAAACUUCAGAGUUUUAAGUGUUUUUAAUCCCAGUAAAAACAUUACUGCGUGCCAAAUCUGAAUGAAAGAAAAAUGUAAUUAACUUCUGAUAUUGCCUUCUGUGGUUGAAGCUUGCUUACUGAACUGGGGGCAAAAUGAAACUAUUAAAAGCUGUUCCUUACUUAUGUUGGACCAAUUGGUGCUUCAACUGUGAAGUGAGGGGAGAAAUGUUUCUACUCUGAAAUGUACUUCUCUUAUAUCCUAGGAAAUGAAUAACCAUCUUAAGACCUGGAUCUCUUUGUGUAUUUUUGACUGACA